GAAAUGUUAUAACGCUCUUAACGUAUGUAAUGUAACAAUUACGAAAUAGUACAUCAUAUUGCACAAUAUUACUUGUAUAUAAUUCGCAUAAUUAAAUCAACACGGUGAGUACUAAUAUCUUUGCAAGUAUGGCUUCCCAUAGUUUACAUGUUUGCGAAUCAAUAGUGCUCUUUCAGUAGUCUGCGAUGUCUUGAAGAAUCGCAGGCGACAUUCAUUUCCUUGAUAACUCAUUAUAGUUUCUAAAGUGUAUGUACAACAUGGAGGAAAUCAGCUAUCUGUUAAAGUGCUCACUGAAUGAACAGUUAAAUUUAAACAGGACACAGCUUUUGACGAAUGAUUCUAUAAGUAAUAUUCCCAGUGAACAUAUGCAAGUUGAGACAGUUGGAGUUGGUGCCAUUGUUGGUAUGCUGUUGGUCACAGUAGCUAACUUUAUAUUCAAUCAAAAGUUUCGUGCAAUUUUCUCUGCACCUUCGAGGAAGAAUGAUAAAGUUAUUGGAAAAGUAAAUUCAAAAACUCUGCCCAGAGCUAUCACUCUUUUAUUAGCGUUAUUGCUACCAUUAAUAAUUGUAUUUCUGCUCUUAGCAUUAGUGUACAAACUUGCGUGUGCUGUGAUAAUCAAGAACAAGGACAAAUAUUUCGUUGGUUUCUUAGACAGCUUCGACGUUUUCUGGAGUUUAGAAGACGAUACAACGAAGAGUGUCAUAUGUGUACUGGGAGUCAUAGAGUCUGAUUCACCUACUGCUCUCGUUCUAAACAUCAAACACAAGCUACUGAAUAUUUUCCCCAAUAAAGCCACAGAUAAAUUAUUCUUCAGAAGAAGAGAAGAAUAUGGAUUCUACUACUGGAGACGUUAUAGCAGUAUUGAUAUAAAUCAAUAUGUUGAAAUGGUAGAUUUACCAAAACAAUCUGACACGCUUACUGCCGAAGACUUGGAAAUCUUAAUGACUGAAUUAUCGAAUCAAUCACUGCCAUACAAUGAUGAGGCGUUAUUUAAAAUAUUGGUGACCAAGCAAAGGGUCAGUAAAUAUGGCCAAGAAAGAGGUGAAUACGGUAUUGUGUUCAGAAUCCACCAUUCAGUCGGGGACGGUGUUGCUUUGAUUGAGUUUCUAUGCAAAACCUUAGCUGAUGAUAAAAACGAAUGCACGGUUAAUAUGUUUGCGAAUGCUGAAAAGUUUAAUACUAGGAUCCAGGAUUCUCCAAAGAGUUUAAUAUAUAUGAUGGAGAAAUUGUUGGAAAUGCCAAUCUGCUUUGUGGAUGGGAUUAUUCGGGAACCAGAUGAUAAUUCCCUACAUGGACCAGUAUUGUUUGGUGAAAAAAUAUUCAAGUGGACAGAAUCUGAUGAAAAUUUGUUGACGAUGGUAAAAGAAAUUAAGGACAAUGUAGACGAUAUGAAAUUCACAGAUGUUUUAGCGACCGCUUUAUCAAGUGGCUUGCACAAAUACUUUUCAAAGACGAUGACCCAUAUUCCUAAGGACGUAGCAGUUGUGUUGCCAGUUAGAUUUCCUCCGCCUGCAACAGUUGACAAUGGUCUGGUUCUGGAAAACGAUUUUAGCGUGACUAUACUGGAUUUACCGGUGAAGUCGUGCCAAAGGGAAGAAGUUCAAGAACGUUGUGAUGAGCUGCGCAGGAGUGCUGACCCCCUGACUAACUACUAUCUUCUCAAGAUCUUCAACAGCGUCCUACCCAAACAAAUCCUGCUGCCCGUAUUCUACAGCAGCCAAGCGACCAUGGUAUUCAGCAACCUGCCUGGUCCCGAACGCCUAAAAAUUUGCGGAGGCAAUACGCUCAAGAAACUGGUGUUCUUUGUACCAUUGAAAGGGAAUACUGGUCUAGGAGUAACUGCGCUCUGCUACGACGGCGUUCUGAGGUUCGGCGCCGUGGCCGAUACGGCUCUGGUGUCUAACAGCGACCAGCUGGCUAUCAUCCUUGAUGGCAUGGUUGAGGAGAUUCAGAGGAUGCAUCAGACGAUACGAUAGAGGGAGAGAGAGAGAGGAAGGGUUUCGGCUUUGCAGUGGCUACUCAGUACAAGGAUGGAGACAGUCAGCUGUGGCCGUGCAUCUACCUCGAAUAGUAGUAGGUACCUAGUUGGUUUGAAAAUUUAAUAAUUUAAUGUACUUAUACAGUUCUGGACUCAGACGUAGAAGGUUCUGAAAGAGCGACUGUAAUUCAGUUUAUACUUUAUUAUGGGAUGGAAUAAUAUUAUUUUUUAAUUAUUUCCGAUGUUUCGAAGACGGCGUUGUACCCGUGGUCUCGAAGAAGACUCCUCGGAACGUCGGGCGUUAAAAAAAGCGGCUAAUUGUAAAGCCCGUAAUUGUGAAUUAAUAUUUUGUUUUGUUCCGAAUUGCUCUGUAAGUGUUGAUUAUACUGAUACUGAUUUUGAUUCUCAUAAAUCCACUAAAAAUCGCAUUAAAUUCGUUCAAAACGGUUGAAGCCCCCGCGUCCGACCGAUCCUUAAAUUACUUCUAGGUAGUUAAUUUUGUAAAUAAAAAUAUAUUUAAAUUA